UAAAAUGCAGCAAAGCUUGUGACUAUAGCGAAGGAACUGGAAUAGAAGAAGAUAAGCGUUAAGGCUGCAGUUGCAGCCUGGAGAGAGGAAGGAUGCCCUCUCCGUCGUUUUCCUUGGAUGCCCAGUUGAGGUUCCAUGACAAAUGGCUGAAGAUAGAUUUACAGCGUGCAUUUUCACCAGAGGGACUAAGUGAGAUGUGGAAUGAAAUGGUAAAAGAUGAAGAGAUUGUCUUUGAUGGAGAAGAGUCAGCUAACCCAGGUAAAAAAAACAAAACAAACGAAAACUAUGACUGCGCCGAUUGCCUUGGCACUCAAAAGAAAGAUGAGACCAGUGACAAAGAGAAGAAAGAGGAAGAGGAGUCAUCGUCCACAUCUGUCCAUCACUCCAUCAUUGAGACGUGGGAUUGGGGGAGACAGCCAGAUGAGACAGAGCUGAAGGACUGUCUGAUGGUGUUGGUGGAUGACCAGCAAAAGCUGUCUGCACAGACGGCCAAGAGCACAUUGUCUGCUCAGCGUCUGAGCCGCCGUCUGGUGAUUUUGGAGCGCUACCUCAUCUCCCUCACUCACAGCAUGGCAGAGGAAAAAUACAAGGUCCGCUGGAAGAGCCCCCCCACGCCACCACAACCCAGCACUGAUAACAAGAGCUCUCGUCCAGUCAGUAAAGGUGUGGAGGGUUUGGCCAGGGUUGGCUCCAGAGCCGCCCUUUCCUUCGCAUUUGCUUUCCUCCGCAGAGCGUGGAGAUCAGGCGACGAUGCAGACCUGUGCAGUGAACUGCUGCAGGAGUCUCUGGAUGCCCUGCGAGCUCUCCCAGAAGCCACUCUGUUUGACGAGGGCAGCACGUCGUCUGUCUGGCUGGAGGUGGUGGAGAGAGCUACCAAAUUCCUCAGUGAUGUGCACUCCAGUGCCAAAGGUCCAACCAACAUUCCCCUGCAGGACCAGCACUUGGCCCUGGCCAUCCUACUCGAACUGGCCGUACAGAGAGGCACUCUUAGUCAGUUGCUGUCGGCGGUGCUGCUGUUGUUGAGGCUGUGGGAUAACGGUAUGCGAGAGAUGGAUAACGAACGGUCCACGCAGGGCACCAGCGCCCCCCUCCUGCCCCUCCUUCAGCGCUUCCAGAACAUUCACAGCAGCAAGGAGGAGCCCGUACCAGAGGAGGAGAUGGAGAUUCUGUCUGCCCCCCUGACCCCGAACGAGAGUUUUCUGCGCUACCUGACCCUUCCCCAGGACAACGACCUCGCCAUAGACCUGCGUCAGACCGCCGUGGUCAUCAUGGCCCACCUGGAUCGGCUGGCGGUCCCCUGCAGCCCCCCUCAGUGCAGUUCUCCCACCUCAAACAAGGGCACUCUGCAGGAGGUGAUUGGCUGGGGUCUGCUUGGCUGGAAGCCCUACGCUAACCUGAAUGGACCCAUCCAAUGCAAAGCCCUGGCCAACCUGGGCGUCACUCAGAUCGUCUGCUCUGAGAAGGCCUUCCUUAUCCUCACCAUCACUGGAGCCGUCUACAUGCAAAACUACAAAAGCACUACAUUGGCUCCAGUGCUGGUCCACGCUCUAUCCUCGAGAAAGAUCGUGAAGCUGGCAGCUCAUCCAGAUGGGCAGCACUAUCUGGCCCUGUCAUCCAAUGGGGAGGUGUUUUCCUGGGGCUGCGGGGACGGUGGACGCCUGGGCCACGGAGACACCACGUAUCUGGAAGAGCCCACCAUGAUAGCGGGGUUCUCAGGGAAGCAGGCCGGGAAACACGUGGUCCACGUUGCCUGUGGGAGUACCUACAGCGCAGCCAUCACUGCAGAUGGAGAGCUCUACACCUGGGGCAGAGGCAAUUACGGCCGACUAGGACACGGCUCCAGCGAGGACCAGACCACGCCCAUGCUGGUGACUGCUCUGAAGGGGCUGAAAGUGGUGGAUGUGGCCUGUGGCAGUGGAGACGCUCAGACUCUGGCGGUGACAGAAAAUGGCCAGGUGUGGUCCUGGGGUGAUGGUGAUUAUGGUAAACUGGGUCGUGGUGGGAGUGAUGGUUGUAAAACUCCUAAACUGGUGGAGAAGCUGCAGGAUCUGGACAUUGUGAAGGUGUGCUGUGGGAGCCAGUUCUCAGUGGCGUUGACUAAAGACGGACAGGUGUACACCUGGGGGAAAGGUGACAACCAACGGCUGGGCCAUGGAACAGAUGAACAUGUCCGCUAUCCCAAACUGCUGGACAGCCUGCAGGGGAAAAAGGUGGUGGAUAUCGCAGUAGGCUCCACGCACUGUUUGGCGCUGACGGAGGACGGGGAGGUGCACAGCUGGGGCAGUAAUGACAAGCUGCAGCACUUUGACACGCUCUUCUCCAAUAAGAAACAGCCCAAAGCAUUGCCUGGCCUCAAUGCCAAACACAUCAUGGGCAUUUCCUGUGGCCCUGGACAGAGUUUUGCCUGGUCAUCGUGCUCGGCGUGGUCGGUCGGCCAGCGGGUGCCCUUUGUGGUGGACGUGUGUCCGAUGACGUUCGAGCAGUUGGACCUGCUGCUGAGGCAGGUGAGCGAGGGGAUGGACGGAAGCUCCGACUGGCCCCCUCCACAGGAGAAGGAGUGCAUGGUGGUGGCCGCCCUCAACCUGCUCCGACUACAGCUCCACGCGGCGAUCAGUAAUCAGUUGGACCCGGAGGAGCUGGGUUUGGGCCUGGGGAGCGCUCUGCUGAAUAACCUCAAACAGACAGUGGUCACUCUGGCCAGUAACGGCGGAGUGCUGAACACGGUGCAGGCUGCCGCUCAGGCCGUGCUACAGAGUGGCUGGUCGGUGCUUUUACCCACGGCCGAGGAGAGAGCAAGAGCGCUGUCCUCACUACUGCCCAAUGCAGCGUCGGGUAACGAGAUGAGUGUGAGUCCAGGCCGCCGUUUUAUGAUUGACCUGCUGGUCAGCAGUCUGAUGGCAGACGGAGGGCUGGAGUCUGCGCUGAACGCCGCCAUCACGGCGGAGAUUAAGGACAUGGAGGCUCAGAAGGAGGCGCAGAAGGAGAAAGAGAUCGAUGAACAAGAAGCCAACGCCUCUACUCUGUACCGUGGUCGCUCCACCCUCGACAAAGACCUCAUCAACACUGGCAUUUACGAGUCGGCCAGUAAACACAGCCUGCCUCUGGUCCAGCUGGUCCAGCAGUUACUCAGGAACAUCGCAUCACAGACGAUAGCACGGCUAAAGGAAGUGGCGCGUCGGAUCGCUAACUGCCAGGACGCGGAGCAUGUCAGUAAAGAACGCUCGGCAUCUCUGGAUCUGCUGCUGCGCUUCCAGAGACUGCUCGUCUGUAAACUCUACGUGGGAGUCAACGGGACCACAGGGGUGGGGGGAUACACUCUGACACAGCCUGAGAUUCUGGGCGUGGGGUCUUUGUUGAAGAAGUACAUUGCUCUGCUUUGCACACACAUCAGUGACAUCCUUCCUGUGGCCACCAGCAUCGCUGUAAACAGUCACCGUCAUUUUGCCGAGGUGUCCCGUGUCAUCGAGGGAGACCUCACUGGCGUCUUGCUCCCUGAGUUGGUGGUGUCCAUCGUGUUGUUGCUGACCCGCGAUGCUGGACUGAUGCAGGAGACGGGCUCCAUCCCUCUGCUUGCCGCUUUGCUUGAACACCUGGACCGCUUCAAUCAUUUAGCACCUGGACACGAACGAGACGACCACGAGGACCUGGCCUGGCCGGGACUUAUGGGUUCUUUCUUCAGUGGGCCGAGCUCCAAGAACAAUGAAGAGGUGUCACUCAUCCGCAAGGCUGACCUUGAGAAUCACAACAAAGACGGCGGCUUUUGGACAGUCAUCGAGGGCAAAGUUUACGACAUCAAAGACUUCCAGGCUCAGUCUCUCACAGGGAACAGCAUACUUGCCCAGUUUGCUGGCGAGGACCCCGUGGUGGCUUUAGAGGCAGCGUUGCAGUUUGAGGACACCAGAGAGUCCAUGCAGGCUUUCUGUGUCGGCCAGUACAUGGAGCCUAACCAGGAGACCGUGACCACCCCUGACCUGAGCAGCCUUUCAUCUCCUCUGAUCGACACGGAGAGGAACCUGGGUCUGUUACUGGGUCUUCAUGCCUCCUACCUGGCCAUGAGCACACCCCUCUCACGCAUGGAGAUAGAAUGUGCCAAGUGGCUCCAGUCGGCGAUCUUUUUCGGUGGUCUACAGACCAGUCAGAUCCACUACAAUUAUAACGAAGAGAAAGAUGAGGACCACUGCAGCUCCCCUGGGACCACCACCCCAGAGAAGACCAAACUUUACUCCCGUAGAAUCACCCUCAGCGACCACGCCCAGCCUUUCCUCCAGGCAGUCGCUGACAACAACACCCAAGACCACACUGUGAAGGACUUCCUGUGCCAGAUGGAGCGCUGCUGUAAGCAGUGUCAUCUCAUCACUCCCAUCACCUUCCCUCCAGAGCAUCCUGUGGAGGAGGUGGGGCGCCUGCUGCUCUGCUGCCUCAUCAAACACCAGGACCUUGGUCACAUUGCUCUCUCACUAGUCAAUCAAAGUGCCUUGGGCGUGGACCAGGGGAAGCAGAGGUCACUUCCUAAAUCUGUGAUUGAUGUAUGUCGCAUGGUAUACCAGGCAAAGUGCUCUCUAAUCAAGACUCAUCAGGAACAAGGUCGUUCGUACAAAGAGGUGUGCGCUCCAGUGAUUGAGAGACUGCGAUUCCUCUUUAACGAGCUGCGUCCGGCCGUCAGUAACGACCUGUCCAUCGUGUCCAAACUGAAGCUCCUGAGCUCUCAGCCACGCUGGAAAAGAAUUACACAGAAACUCAUCCGGGAUCACCGCAGAAUGAGACUGCUUAAGAAGUCAGAGUCGGCAGAUGUGGAGGAGUGUAAAAUGGACAAAGAUGGGACCAAUGAGGAAGAUCUCACAACUCCUGGCAGCCCAACAUCUGCCGACAAGAAACUCCCCACUGUCAGAUCCCCCAAGGACAAGUGGCAGCCGUUGCUGAACACCGUAGCGAGUGUUCAGAAGUACCGUUGGCUGAAACACAGCGUUCAGGGCUGUUCUUCUCAGUCCAACCUCAUGGCCACCAUUGUAGAGUUUGCCCUCAAAGAAGAACCUCUGGACGUCGAGAAAAUGAGAAAAUGUCUCCUCAAACAGCUGGAGCGAGCGGAGGUGCGGUUGGAAGGCAUUGACACCAUGCUCAGACUGGCAUCUAAAAGUUUCCUGCUGCCCUCGGUGCAGUAUGCCAUGCUCUGUGGCUGGCAGAGAAUCAUCCCUGAGGCCACCAACAUUGGAGAGCCCCUGUAUGACUGUCUAAAGGACGUGGAUCUUAUUCCUCCUUAUAACCGUAUGCUGCUGGAGGUGACGUUUGGGAAACUCUACUCUUGGGCCUUGCAGAAUGUUCGCCACAUCCUGUUGGAGGCCAGUGUGAAGUUUAAAGAACUGGGCGUACAGCCAGUACCGUUACAGACCAUUACUAAUGAGAACCCGGCCGGGCCAAGCCUCGGUACCAUUCCUCAGGCCCGGUUCUUGUUGUCCAUGCUCCACAUGCUGACUCUGAAACAUGGAGCCAACAGUCUGAGCCUGCUGCUCAACUCAGGCACUCUGGCCCUCACCCAGAGUAUCCUCAAACUGAUCGGCCCAAGCUCAGACAACACUGAGGAAGAUCUGUGUUCUGGCCCACACGGUGGUUCUGCCACUGUUCUGGAAGAGUCCAGGAAAGAGGCUGUACCCACACCGUUACCCGCAUCUGGACCAGAACUUGCUGCCAUGAUGAAGAUUGGCACCAGAGUAAUGAGAGGGCCUGACUGGAAAUGGGGAGAUCAGGACGGUCCACCGCCAGGAUUGGGUCGGGUCAUUGGAGAGCUGGGUGAAGACGGCUGGAUCCGGGUGCAGUGGGACACCAGCAGCACUAACUCCUACAGAAUGGGCAAAGAAGGCAAAUACGACCUGAAACUGGCCGAGUCGCCGCCUGCCGUCCAGCCCAACACCGAGGACUCGGACACUGAGGAUGAUACGGAAGGGGAGGUAAUAGAGAAGAGUGCCCACCCCACGGCGAUAAUGUUGACUAGCACAGUCAAUCUAUUGAAAACUCUUUCUCUGUCUGCUGGGAUUCAUGCUGAGGUGAUGCAGACAGAAGCUACCAGAACCUUGUGUGGGUUACUCAGGAUGCUGGUGGAGAGCGGAACCAGCGAGAAGAGCUGUGCGUCUCAGAGGCUGGUGUGGCGGGAACAGCACAGGAGCUGGUGCACUCUGGGAUUUAUCCGCAGUAUUGCGGUCAUGCCACAGAUGUGCAGCACCCUGAGCACACCUGCCUGGAUCACUCUGCUCAUCCGCAUAGUGGAAGGACACCAGUCUUUCACUGCGGUCACACUGCAGAGACAGAUUCUCGCCCUGCGGCUGCUGCAGGCGGUGUUGCCGUCGUGGGAGAAAACGGAGCGCUCUCAGGAUAUGAAGUUCUUGGUGGAGAAGCUCUUUGGUUUCCUGGGAAGUCUGCUCAGCACCUGUUCCUCUGACCUGCCCCUGCUCAGGGAAGGCUCCCUGCGCAGGAGGAAGUCCCGCCCCCAGGCCUCUCUGACAGCCACUCACAGCAGCACGCUAGCGGAGGAAAUUGUAGCUGUGCUACGUACCUUGCACUCUCUCAGCCAAUGGAACGGCCUCAUUAACGAAUACAUUAACUCCCAGCUCAGCAGCAUCGGUGAUGUCAUGGCAGGGAGACACUCAGAAGCGGCUCUGUUGGAGGAGUAUCUCCCUGAUGCGGAGGCUCCAGCAGUGGGCAGUCUGAUGGCUGUGCUGGCUGUGAUUGGUGGUAUAGACGGGCGGCUGCGUCUGGGUGGCCAGGUAGUCCAUGAGGAGUACGGAGAGGGAACAGUCACGCGCAUCACACCCAAAGGCCGAAUCACGGUUCAGUUCCACGAGAUGCGGUCCUGCAGAGUCUGCCUCCUCGGCCAUCUUAAACCGCUGCCGGUUGUGGCCUUCAGUGUCCAGAACCUUCCAUUCAUGGAGCCCAUGCUGGCUGUCUGGGCUCAGUUAGUCAACCUAGCAGGCAGCAAACUGGAGAAACAGCGUAUGAAGAAAUGUGUUAGCAGAGGGGUCACAGAGCAGGUAGAUGUGCACUUGUUGCGUUGUCAGCAGUUGAGACUGUACAUUCUGAAGGCAGCGCGGGCUCUUCUGUCUCACCAGGACAAACUCCGACAAAUCCUCUCCCAGCCCGCUGUCUUAGACACCAGCACCAGCUCCACUGAAGAGCCUGUGGUGUCGUCUCCUGAUGUAGGGGACCUGUCCCCUGAGGGUCCUCUCCCUCCUCUCAUCCUACUGCAGCAGCUCCUCUCUGCCGCCACACAACCCUCCCCCAUCAAAGCUAUCUUUGACCGGCAGGAGCUGGAGGCUGCAGCGUUGGCUGUGUGUCAGUACUUGGCUGUGGAGUCCACACACCCAUCAUCUCCUCUGUUUGAGGACAGCAGCUCCAGUGAAGCCACCACUCCAGUGACAGUGCAGCAUGUACGCCCCCCUAAACAGAAAAAGCACAAAACCUCCCCCGUAAGCCCCCUCCCUGUCGUACUGCAGCUGAUGGAGAUGGGUUUCCAGAGGAAGAACAUAGAGUUUGCCCUCAAAUCUCUGUCUGGGACCACAGGCACUGCCUCUGGAGUACCAGGUGUCGAGGCGUUAGUGGGCUGGCUGUUGGACCAUCCUGACGUGCAUGUGACUGAGUUGUCAGACGCGGAGACGGUGUCAGACGACUACUCAGACGAUGAGGUGUUAGAGGACCUGGAGGAACCUGAACCGGCCUUCCCUGUGCCUCCUGGAGUGGUUGUAACAGAGAGUCAGACCUUUAAGAAGAGAUCUGAUUUCCAGAGCAACGAUGACUAUGCAGUGUAUGUCAGAGAGAACAUUCAGGUGGGGAUGAUGGUGAAAUGCUGUCGGACGUAUGAGGAAGUGUAUGAGGGUGAUGUGGGAAAAGUCAUUAAACUGGACAGAGAUGGAUUACAUGACCUGAACGUGCAGUGUGACUGGCAGCAGAAAGGAGGAACUUACUGGGUCCGCUACAUCCACACCGAGCUGCUGGGCUUCCCUCCCCAGAGCUCGCCAUCCCAUAUUAAGAUCGGUGACAAGGUGCGAGUGAAGCCUUCUGUCACCACGCCAAAAUACAAAUGGGGAUCUGUCACUCACCGAAGCGUGGGUGUGGUCAAAGCCUUCAGUGCCAACGGGAAGGACGUGAUAGUGGACUUCCCUCAGCAGUCUCACUGGACUGGCCUCCUGUCAGAGAUGGAACUGGUGCCCAGUGUACACCCGGGCGUCAGGUGCGAUGGGUGCCAGAUGUUUCCUAUAAACGGGCCCAGGUUUAAAUGCAGAAACUGUGAUGACUUUGAUUUCUGCGAGAACUGUUUCAAAACCCGCAAACACAACCCCAGACACUCCUUUGGACGGAUCAACGAGCCAGGGCAAUCUCCGGCAUUCAGCGGGCGCUCUGGAAAACAACUGAAGAGGCACCACAGUAGCCAGCGGGGAAUGCUGAUAGAUGAUUGGUCGAGGGUGGUGAAAAACCUAAGCGUGUCAUCAUCAGUAAACCAAGCAUCUCGUCUCAUAGACAGCAGUGAUCAGUGCUGGCAAUCCUCAGGGUCCCAGGGCAAGCACUGGAUUCGGCUGGAGCUCUUCCCUGACGUGCUGGUCCACAGGCUGAAGAUGAUCGUCGACCCUGCAGACAGUAGCUACAUGCCUUCCCUGGUAGUGGUGUCAGGUGGCAGCUCUCUGAAUAACCUCAUAGAACUGAAGACUAUCAAUAUAAACCCUACAGAUACCACUGUCCCUCUGCUGAGUGACUGUACCGAGUAUAACAGGUAUAUAGAAAUAGCAAUAAAGCAAUGUCGAAGUUCUGGAAUCGACUGUAAGAUCCACGGUCUGGCCAUCGUGGGACGCAUUCGUGUGGAAGACGAAGAUCUGGCAACCGUCCCGUUCCUAGCGUCUGACAAUGAAGAGGAGGAUGAUGACAAGACUGCCACUGGGAGUUUGGCUCGCAAGAGGUCAUCAGGGCUGGAGUCGGCCGCCACCAUCAGGACGAAAGUGUUUGUGUGGGGUCUCAACGACAAGGACCAACUGGGAGGCCUCAAAGGGUCAAAGAUUAAGGUGCCGUCUUUCUCCGAGACGCUGUCUGCCCUGAACGUGGUACAGGUGGCUGGAGGCUCUAAGAGUUUAUUUGCAGUGACUGCGGAAGGGAAGGUAUAUGCUUGUGGUGAAGCCACCAAUGGUAGGCUGGGUUUGGGUCUGUCCAGCGGCACCAUCCCCAUCCCCCGGCAGAUCGGCGCUCUCAGCAACUAUGUGGUGAAAAAAGUGGCUGUGCAUUCAGGUGGCAGGCAUGCCAUGGCUCUGACAGUUGAUGGUAAAGUCUUCUCCUGGGGGGAGGGAGAUGAUGGCAAACUCGGCCACUUCAGCAGAAUGAACUGUGAUAAGCCGCGUCUGAUUGAAGCUCUGAAGACGAAGCGGAUCCGUGACAUCGCCUGCGGCAGCUCCCAUAGCGCUGCCAUCACCUCCAGUGGAGAACUCUACAGCUGGGGCCUCGGAGAGUACGGCCGCCUGGGCCACGGGGACAACACCACCCAGCUACGCCCCAAACUGGUGAAAGUGCUUCUUGGUCAUCGUGUUGUCCAGGUGGCUUGCGGGAGUAGAGACGCCCAAACUCUGGCUCUCACAGAUGAAGGUUUGGUGUUUUCGUGGGGCGACGGUGACUUUGGGAAGCUGGGUCGAGGGGGCAGUGAGGGCUGUAAUAUCCCUCAGAACAUCGAGCGUCUGAACGGACAGGGUGUGUGUCAGAUUGAGUGCGGAGCUCAGUUCUCUCUCGCUCUCACCAAGUCUGGAGUGGUCUGGACAUGGGGUAAAGGGGACUACUUCCGGCUGGGCCACGGUACAGACGUGCAUGUGCGUAAGCCGCAGGUGGUGGAGGGACUGAGGGGGAAGAAAAUAGUGCACGUGGCCGUGGGGGCACUGCACUGCCUGGCCGUCACUGACACGGGACAGGUGUAUGCGUGGGGCGAUAACGACCAUGGACAGCAGGGGAACGGAACCACCACGGUGAACAGGAAACCAACGCUGGUGCAGGGAUUGGACGGACAGAAGAUCACGCGUGUGGCCUGCGGCUCCUCCCACAGCAUCGCCUGGACGACCGUGGACGUGACCACGCCCUCCGUGCACGAGCCCGUCCUCUUCCAAACCGCCAGAGAUUCACUCGGUGCCUCUUACCUGGGUGUGCAGUCGGACAGUGACCCAGCCUCUCUGAGUAAUAAGCUGAGUGGACAGAGCAGUGUGAAACCAUGCAGGCCAUCCCUGGCUAAGAUCCUGCUGUCACUGGAUGGAAACCUGGCCAAACAACAGGCCCUGUCACAUGUGCUCUCUGCACUGCAGAUUAUGUAUGCCAGGGAUGCUGUGGUUGGUGCUCUGAUGCCUGCCUGUAUGAUGCCCGUGGAGUGCCCCCCCUCCAGCUCCCCCGUGCCCCCCUCCGACUGCUCCUCUGCAUCCAGCCCGUCAGAGGCGGAGGGGCCUCCGCUGCCCCCUGAGUCUGAGGAGAGAGUUAGUCCUCACCCGUGGCAGGAUGGCAAGAGGACGGAGGUGACCCCCUCAGAGGAUGCUGUGACGCCAUCGUCUGCGGUGACCCCCUCUGCUACGACGGCAUCGUCGCGACCUUUCAUUCCUGUGACCGAUGACCCCGGAGCAGCUAGCAUCAUUGCUGAGACUAUGACCAAAACCAAAGAGGACUCCGAGAGCCAGAGUAAAGCAGUAGGCCCAGAGCCCCAGUAUUUGGAUGAAUUCACCAGUUUGCUGGUGCCUGAUGACACGCGUGUGCUGGUGGAUUUGCUGAAGCUGGCGGUGUCUGCUCGGGCAGGAGAGAAAGGAAAAGAGGUUCUCUCCGCCGUCCUGUCGGGCAUGGGCACUGCUUACCCACAGGUUGCAGACAUGUUGUUGGAGUUGUGUGUGACGGAGUUGGAAGACGUAGCGACCGACUCUCAGAGCGGGCGUCUGUCCUCCCAGCCUGUGGUGGUGGAGAGCAGCCACCCUUACACGGACGACACCUCCACCAGCGGCACCGUCAAGAUCCCAGGGGCUGAGGGACUGCGGGUGGAGUUUGACCGCCAGUGUUCCACUGAGAGACGGCACGACCCCCUCACCAUCAUGGAUGGGGCUAAUAGGAUUGUCUCUGUCCGCUCAGGGAGGGAGUGGUCUGAUUGGUCCAGCGAGCUGCGGAUUCCUGGAGAUGAGCUAAAGUGGAAGUUCACCAGCGACGGUUCUGUGAAUGGAUGGGGCUGGCGGUUUACCGUUUAUCCCAUCAUGCCUGCUGCUGGUCCUAAAGACCUGCUGUCAGACCGCUGUAUCCUCUCCUGUCCCUCUAUGGAUCUUGUCACCUGUCUGCUGGACUUCCGGCUGAACUUUGCCUCUAACAGGAGCAUCGUCCCCAGGCUGGCUGCCUCUCUGGCUGCCUGUGCUCAGCUCAGUGCCCUGGCGGCUGGUCACCGCAUGUGGGCCCUGCAGAGACUGCGCAAGCUGCUGACCACAGAGUAUGGUCAGUCUAUCAAUAUCAACCGCCUACUGGGAGACAGUGAAGGGGAGCCUCGCUCUGUGAGUUUUACAGGCAGUGCUCUAGCGGCCCUGGUGAAAGGUCUUCCUGAGGCCCUACAGAGACAGUAUGAGUAUGAGGACCCCAUCGUCAGAGGAGGAAAACAGCUGCUCCACAGUCCCUUCUUUAAGGUGCUGGUGGCAUUGGCAUGUGAUUUAGAGUUGGACACACUACCCUGCUGUGCAGAAACGCACAAGUGGGCAUGGUUCCGCAGGUACUGCACCGCCUCCAGGGUUGCCGUGGCAUUGGAGAAGCGCACGCCUCUGCCACGCCCCUUUUUGGAUGAGGUGGCGAAGAAGAUUCGGGAGCUGAUGGCGGAUCACGAGAACAUGAAUAAUCUACACGAGAGUCAUGAGCUCUUCAGGAAAGAGCAGGACGAACAGCUGGUGCAGUGGAUGAACAGGCGUCCAGACGACUGGACUCUGUCUGCUGGCGGUAGCGGAACCAUCUACGGAUGGGGACAUAACCACAGGGGUCAGCUGGGCGGAAUCGAGGGGGCAAAGGUCAAAGUGCCCACCCCUACAGAAGCCUUGGCCACCUUACGACCGGUGCAGCUGAUCGGUGGGGAACAGACACUGUUUGCCGUCACUGCAGACGGGAAACUUUACGCAACGGGUUACGGGGCCGGCGGGCGGCUGGGGAUCGGCGGGACGGAGUCGGUUUCCACGCCAACAUUGCUGGAGUCCAUCCAACACGUGUUUAUCAGGAAGGUGGCGGUGAACUCUGGUGGGAAGCACUGCUUGGCGCUGUCAUCAGAGGGGGAGGUGUACUCGUGGGGUGAGGCCGAAGACGGGAAACUGGGCCACGGGAACAGGAGUCCGUGUGACCGCCCGCGGGUGAUUGAGUCGUUGAGAGGGGUGGAGGUCGUGGACAUUGCUGCAGGUGGAGCUCACAGUGCCUGUAUCACAGCCAGUGGAGAACUCUACACUUGGGGCAAAGGUCGCUAUGGACGUCUGGGACACGGUGACAGCGAGGACCAACUCAAACCCAAACUGGUGGAUGCCCUGCAGGGCCACAGGGUGAUUGACGUAGCGUGUGGCAGUGGUGAUGCCCAGACGUUGUGUUUGACUGACGAUGACAUGGUGUGGUCAUGGGGAGAUGGUGAUUAUGGGAAAUUAGGACGUGGGGGCAGUGAUGGCUGCAAAGUGCCCAUGAAGAUUGACUCUCUGACGGGCUUGGGUGUGGUGAAGGUGGAGUGUGGCUCUCAGUUCUCUGUGGCCCUGACUAAAUCUGGAGCAGUCUACACAUGGGGGAAAGGAGAUUACCACAGGUUGGGCCAUGGCUCAGACGAUCAUGUACGGCGACCCCGGCAGGUCCAGGGCUUACAGGGCAAAAAGGUCAUUGCCAUAGCAACUGGAUCUCUUCACUGUGUAUGCUGCACUGAGGAUGGAGAAGUCUACACAUGGGGUGACAAUGAUGAAGGCCAGUUGGGAGACGGAACCACUAACGCCAUCCAGAGGCCACGACAGGUUGCUGCACUCCAAGGCAAAAAGAUCAACAGGGUGGCCUGCGGCUCCGCACACACACUCGCGUGGUCCACCAGCAAACCCACCAACGCCGGAAAACUACCUGCUCAGGUUCCUAUGGAGUAUAACCACCUGCAGGAGAUCCCCAUCAUUUCUCUGAGGAACAGACUGCUGCUGCUCCAUCACAUCUCGGAGCUCUUCUGCCCCUGUAUUCCCAUGUUCCAUCUGGAGGGACGACUGGGACAGAACACACACGGCCCCGCUGUCGGCUUUGACACCCUCAGAGGCAUCCUUAUAUCGCAGGGCAAGGAGGCAGCGUUCCGUAAGGUGGUGCAAGCUACGAUGGUGCGUGACAGGCAGCAUGGACCGGUGGUGGAGCUUAACAGAAUACAGGUGAAGCGCUCUCGCAGUAAAGGAGGGCUGGCAGGUCCAGACGGCACUAAGUCAGUGUUUGGUCAGAUGUGUGCAAAGAUGAGUUCAUUCAGCCCAGACAGUCUGCUGCUCCCGCACCGCGUGUGGAAGGUCAAAUUCGUGGGUGAGUCAGUGGACGACUGUGGAGGAGGUUACAGUGAAUCCAUCGCGGAGAUGUGUGAGGAGCUCCAGAACGGUCUGACUCCUCUUCUCAUCGUUACUCCGAACGGCAGAGACGAGUCUGGUGCUAACAGAGACUGCUUUCUCCUCAACCCUGCUGCCAAAUCCCCACUGCACAUCAACAUGUUCCGCUUCUUAGGAGUUCUGCUGGGUAUUGCUAUCAGGACAGGAAGUCCACUCAGUCUGUAUCUGGCUGAGCCUGUGUGGAAACAGCUGGCUGGCAUGAACCUGACCAUCGCUGACCUCAGUGAGGUUGAUAAGGACUUUAUCCCAGGGCUGAUGUAUAUCAGAGAUAAUGAGGCGUCUGCUGAGGAGUUUGAAGCCAUGCCUCUGCCCUUCACUGUGCCCAACGCCUGUGGACAGGAAGUCCAGCUCAGCUCCAAACACUCCCACAUCAGCCUGGACAACCGCGCCGAGUACGUCCGCCUUGCCAUCAACUACAGGCUGCAUGAGUUUGAUGAGCAGGUGGCUGCCGUGAGAGAGGGAAUGGCCCGCGUGGUACCGGUACCACUGCUCUCUCUCUUCACCGGAUAUGAGCUGGAGACCAUGGUAUGUGGCAGUCCAGACAUCCCUCUGCAUUUGCUGAAGUCAGUGGCCACUUACAAAGGAGUGGAACCCACUGCUCCUCUCAUUCAGUGGUUCUGGGAGGUCAUGGAGUCCUUCUCCAACACCGAGCGUUCGCUCUUCCUCCGCUUCGUCUGGGGGAGGACACGACUGCCCCGCACCAUCGCUGACUUCCGUGGACGAGACUUCGUAGUGCAGGUGUUGGAUAAAUACAACCCACCCGAUCACUUUCUGCCGGAGUCGUACACGUGUUUCUUCCUGCUGAAGCUGCCUAGAUACUCCUGCAAACAGGUCCUGGAAGAGAAGCUGAAAUAUGCAAUCCACUUCUGCAAAUCCAUAGACACGGACGACUACGCCCGCAUCGCGCUGACCGGGGAGCCCGCCGCGGAUGACAGCACCGAAGACUCGGACAACGAAGACGCCGAAUCCUUCGCCUCAGAUUCCACACAAGAUUAUCUCACAGGCCACUGAACUCUGACCUUUUGCCCUCUUUUAUGGACCCCACCUGGCUGAGGAGGCCUGUCUAGCAAAUGAGCUGCCAUGAAAAAAAAAACAAAAAAACAACAAAAAACGAAACUGAAGGAAAAAAAAAUGAAAAGAAGAAAGUGACUCAUGUGUUAGUUUUAAUCUCCUGUAUUAACUCACACACACAUGCGUGUAUACAUACUACUAUGACUAAAACAAACAAAAAAAAAAAAGUAUGUCAUUAUGUGCAAUUAGCUUUGAGAGCACUGUAAGCUAAAGAAGAGAUAUACAGGUCUGUUUUUUUUCCAUUUAGUAUCUUUUAAAAAGAACCACAGAGAGAAGGAGAGAGCAAGAAAGAGAGAGAGAGAGCGCGAGCGAGAGAGAGAGUUAGUGGAAAAACUGCACAUGUGAAUGUUUGUGAUGAAAAUUGUGUCCAUAUUGUGUCAGUCGACAGACAAUAGGCGGUUAAGCCUUACACUGUGGUAAACUACUCCUUCUGGAGCUUUCUCAAGUUCCAGACACUUUUGUUGUAUAUUGAACACACACACACACACACACCCCCUUACACAUACACGUAAUGUAUGACAAAUGCCUAGUAUUACAAUUCUCAUUACUCUAUCUAUUCUUGGAAAUAGCGGCGUUUCUUUAUAAGAACAUUUUUAACUUUGAAAGCGUCAGUGUUUCACAGUAGCGACGGCGACGCAGGAGUUGUCGUUUUUAGGUCGUCGCUCAACACCCCACCCCCACCCCCACCCCCGCCUCACUCCCAGGCUCCCACAGUUUGCUCUUUCUCUGCCGUGUGUGCGUGUGUGUCUGCCCUGUCCUCUCUUUGGAAUGUAUAUAAUAUGAUUGUGCCAUGUGUUCAUGAGAUCUUCUCAUUUCCAUGUAAUAA